AUGUUUACACAACAAAGAAAAGAUAAAGAAGCUAGAAGAUAUCUUGAAAGAAGAACAAAGUUGAUAGAAUGGAUUAAAGAUACUUUUACACAAAACAAUGAUCCUCUUCCUCCACAGACUACCGAUGAUUUGAUAGAAUUGGUUGCAGAUGGAACUAUACUUUGUAAACUAAUCAAUCUAUAUUAUCCAAACUCUAUACAAAAAAUCAUUCAACCAAGAGGAGUAUUCUUUUAUAAGAGAAUAGAAAAUAUAAAUGAAUUUCUAUUACAAUGUCAUACUUUAAAAGUACCAAUCAUCUUUCAAACACUUGAUUUAUUUGAAAAUAAGAAUCCUGCUCGUGUUGUAAAUUAUAAUACUUUGAUAAAAAGAAAAAUGAAAAGAAGAAAAGAAUUUACAUUGGAAGAAUUGGCAAGAGCACAUCAAGAAUUAGAGGUUGAUGAAGAAGCAAAAGGAAAACCAUUAUCGGCUUAUCUUUCAGAUAGUUUACCAGAAGAGAUUAGUAGUCAACCAACACUUCAAUUUCAAUUAUCUUCAUCCAAUACCUACGAGAGUAGUAAUUUAUCGGUUCUUGACGCUUCACAUCAAAGAAUGACAGUUGUCAACACUCCUCGAGUAUCAAUUGGUGUUGGAUCUGGUAUUUUAAAUUUAAAUCGGAAAUCAAUCAUCUAUGAUUUGGCAAAUGAACAAUUAAAACAAUCACAACAAGAAGAUCAAAAUAAUAUUAAUAGUAUUUUAGAUUUAAAUCAUCUUCAAACCAAAAACCAAAAGAUGACAACAAAUAUACCUAUACCUACGCCUAUAACAACAACAGACUUGGCAACAACAGCAUCUAUAAAAACAGCGGCCAUUUCAACUACUCCAAUACGCAAAAAUGUAAAUUCCUUUAAUUCCUCCUCCUCUCUUUUCAACUCCAACUAUAAUAAUAAUAAUUAUACAUACAGUAAAUAUUCUUCCACCAAUCAAAAUAUUAAUAAUAAUAUUGAUGAAAAUUCCAAUUCGAGACCAAUGACACUUCAAGAUAUUGAAUAUCAUACCGAUUAUAUACAUACCUCAUUACAAUCCAAAACCAAUAAUAAUAAUAAUAAUAAUAAUAAUUCAUUGGUUGGAACCAAUUCUUCGACAUUUAUUUCAGUAAUCAUAUCAUUGGCAAUAUUGAUUGUUUUCAUAGUAUUGGUUUUAAUGUGGAUGAUACUAUUUUCCGAGAAUCACGACAGGAUGAACAAUAUUUUGGUCAUCAUAGACAAUGCCAAUGAUCUUACACCAAUAAAAUGA